AUAAAAAUUGUUCAACUAAAUUUGUAAUUUCGCGCCUUUGGCAAAAACAUUCAGAUAACAGAUGCAAAAACUUUUUAUAGAAUGCCUCGUUUUUAUUGAUAUCAGUGAGCGCACGUACAUUUUUUUGUUGAUAUGUCAUAGUGAGUAUAGGUGUCUGCUUAGAAUAAAACCACAGAACAAUAUAAAACAUUGAACAAGCUAAUGAUGUUUUAUAUUUUUUUACUGGAACUAAGUCAAACUAUAUAGUGAUACUACUAUUAUCAGCAUGAAUUCCAACAUUAACAAAAACGUUUCUGAUUUAGAAUCAGAACUAGAAAAGCUUAGACUAGAAGGUCUUACAAAACAUGUGGGUAUGGCUGAACAAUCUUCAGCAGUGAUUGACGUAGCAUCAACUAUUCAUUCAUCAUACCUAUUUGAUGAAAUAGGUAGAUCUUUAUUACAACAUAUAUGUCUUAUAGUAAGCUCAACAGCUUCUGGAAGAUUUUAUGGAGAUUGGAAAAGCUUUGGAAUUCAACUGGGUUUGACACAAGAACAAAUAAAAUGCAUCGAAUAUGAUUUUAUAGGCUUGCAAGAUCCUACAUACUAUGUAUUGUUAGCAUUUGCACAACAUAAUGAGGCUACAUUGGAUAAAGUUGUCGAUGCAUUUGACGCAAUAAAACGGAAAGAUGUUAUAAACCGAGUUAUGCAUCAUUUUGAUAACUUUUACCUUAAAAUACAAGAGACAAAAUAUAAUGAUUUCAAAAAUGGAAUGUAUCGGCCAAGUACCUUACCAAGAGCUCCAUUAGUUCUAUGUCCCACAAAUGUGAAUCAAGAGUCAACAACAUUGACUUUAGAUGAAGUUUCUUCAUGUAAAGAUGAAGUUUCUUCACAUAAAGAUGAAGUUUCUAUGUGUAAAAUCAAUGUGUCAAAACCACCAAAAGAAGAAAUUGUUAUUCCAAAAAACAAUUCUAUUAAAGAGCCUAAUAUAAUGGCAUUUACUACCUUACCAAAAAUUAAGGUAGAACACAAUAUUCUUGUGAAUUCAAGUCCCUCACAUGCAAUUUCCAAAUUAUCAAAGGAAAAUUUGAAAAAUAAGAAAAAAUAUAACUGUAUAAUUAUGUUAACGUUUGCUGAGGAUGGGAAAUCAGUAGCAGAAAAAGUGGCUGAAAAAUUGAGAAACAAUGUACCAAGAAUAGGAGUACUAAUGUUUCAAGAACAAGAAAAGCAUGUUUUAUCAGGAGCUGAAGAGUUUAUAGAAGAUUGCUUUCAUCAGGUCAAUUACAUAAUACCAAUAUUGACACCUAUUUAUUUAGAAAGACUACAAGGUAAUGCACAUAAUAUGAUAGAUAUCAGAAAUUUAGAUGUAAAGUAUCUCCGAUAUAUUUUUUGUUUGAUGCGUUAUGAAUAUCUACGAGAUUCCUGUUUGAAUAGAAGAGUUCGAUGUUUGGUUCCUGAUCUUGAAUUACGUAAAGUGCUUUCAUACUUUAUGCAUCCUGUUUUACAAGCUUGGUUUAAAGUAAGUGACUUGGAUGAGUUUGCAGAUAAAAUUGCAUCGAAAGAAUUGUAAACUUUAACAUUAAUUUUUUGUGAAUCAAUGUAAAUUCUUUAAUUUAUUAUUAUAAAAGUGCCUUAUUGGAAUUGAUAAUUCUAAGAUGUAUCUAUUUUUAAUAUAUUUUAUAAAUUGUUGUCUAUUUUAA